AUGUCCGACCUGAAGAGGACAAAAUCGUACGCAACUUUAUGCGUGAAUAUAGAGUUUAAAAACGCAAAGGAACGAAGCAAAGCCAAUAGACUGCUUGAGUUUGACACGGAUUCAACUGCGGCUGACGAACGUAGACACAACAUAGAGCACAUGUCGAAUUUAUUCAACAAUGCUGCUGGUUUUAAAGAGAGAUAUUUAUCCUGGAAGUCCUGGCAGCAGUGGUGUAUGAGUUUCAUAUUCAGUGAAGAACGGAGGAGCUACGCUGGACAAGAUGAUCUCAAUGGGGAAUCCCCUGCCAUAGAAGUUCUGAAAUAUAAAGACCCAGAGGGAUACUUUGGAGAUCUGACUGUGACUUGCUGCCUUUACCUGACUCUGACUUGCGUUCACUGGUCUGGAGAGAGGCAGCUGGCAAAGGAGAGGAGAGAUAGAGAAAGGCUUGAUUUGGCGAAACGAAAACAGAAGGACCUGGAGCUGAAACAGAAGAUGGAGAAAAUCAAGGAAUUGGAGAAGAAGCGCAUGCUGGAAGAAGAGAGACGCAGGCAGGAACUGAAGGAGCGCGAGAGAGCCAUACAGUCAAUAGUAAAUAAACACAACAUGGUUGCCCAUACUGUCAUCACGGAAUUACCAAAGCCCAAUCUCAAUUCCAUGCUGACUGUCGAACAACCAAUCAACAGCCAGGAGAAAAUGCCCAAUCCAGACUCAUAUGAAAUGACGCCAGCUAAGACCUGUUUUCCGAAAAAGGUCUCUCUAGAAAGUUACGAUAUAUCUGAUCUGCAUUCAGACGACUCCACUGAUGAAGACGAGGCUCCGAAAAAGAAAGUCCCAACUUGGGCCCUAGGGGCAUCUCUAAAGGCUGCAUUAAUUCAACAACACUAUCAUCCACCGGAUUUGAAUACUCUGUUCACAGAGAUUGAGCCACCUGAUCUCAAUGAACUGUUUGUCAAGAAAAAAGCUCGAUUCAACAAGAGGACAAGUUCUGCUAUAUGGAAUUCACCGAUUCUCAAGCCUGGCUUAAAUUAAAGAACUCUAGUGUUGACUCAAUAGAAAUCUUUAUUUAAAUUGACAAUGCAUCUCUGGUUGCAUUCAGAUUUGAUGAAGCUUGCAGUAGAGUGAGUGGUUUUAUUUCACCUGUAAUGUGCGCACCAGAAUGUUCACGGACAGCACACCUGUGCUAGGAUAACUUGUGUGCUAUAGUUCACGUGCUGCCGCUAUAAGGUUUACGUGAGAGUGAUUUUAUUUCUGUGAGGCAUUCUCAUGUAAGUGAUUUCUACUUAACUGUGUCGUAUCUCAUCUCACUGUACAGUUUAUGCAUCAGUCUUCGGUUUGUCAUCAUAUUUUCAUUGACAAGAAUUUUUUAGAUAUGAAAAAGGGAUAAUUAGAACUAACUAAUUAAGAUUAUAGCACCAGAUAUGUUUUCUCUCUCACUCGCCUUUCUCCCUGCUCUUUCUUUCUCCUCUACAAUAAAUUAUGUGAGAAUUCUUUAAUUUGUUUGAAAAUGUCAAAUGAUGGUGUUGCAAAAUCUACUAAAUUUAUUUCUAAGUAUUGUUGUGUAUAAACUUACUCGUAUUGCUUUCCAACUUCUAUCAUUAUGAUUAAGUCAGACUUAUUUUGUGCAUAAGACCACACAAUUGAACAUUGGUUUUUGUUUAACACAUUGUACACAAAUGCAUAUAACAAAUUAAGACUAGAAAAUAUUAAUGAAAAUUAAAUUCCAUGUUGAUUUUCAUCAUAUGAUGCAUGGAAUCCUGUGUAGAUACAGUAUAUUUAAGGAGAUCAUUGAUAAUUUUAUAUAUUGUGGACAGUGUUUCCUAUUAAAUACGUUUGAUAAUAAAUGUAUAUU